AUCACUCUUCCACACCAUCAAAAUUACACAAUCUCUUCAGGUGAAAAUCAAAGCCAAAGGAAAAUAAAAAUCGAAUCCAGAAAUAUGGCGCCACCAACGGCAACAACGCUGACGGCCCUUGCGGAGGAGAAGACCCUGCAGUCAAGGUUCGUGCGGGAUGAGGACGAGAGGCCCAAGGUCGCGUACAACCAGUUCAGCAGUGAAAUCCCUGUGAUCUCACUUGACGGGAUUGAUGACAAGGCUGAGGGGAGCAGGCGAUUUGAGAUAUGCAAGAAGAUUGUGGCGGCAUGCGAGGAAUGGGGGAUCUUCCAGGUGAUCGACCACGGGAUCGAUGCCAAACUCAUCGGGGACAUGACGAGGUUGGCUAAGGAGUUCUUUGCGCUGCCCGCAGAGGAGAAGCUCAGGUUUGAUAUGACCGGGGGGAAGAAGGGCGGAUUCAUUGUGUCUAGCCACCUCCAGGGAGAAGCAGUGCAAGACUGGCGCGAAAUAGUGACCUAUUUCGCGUACCCAAUCCGGAGCCGUGACUACACGAGGUGGCCGGACAAGCCGGAGGGAUGGAGGGCGGUGACAGAGGAGUACAGCGAGAAGCUGAUGGAGCUGGCGUGCAAGCUCCUCGGGGUGCUGUCGGAGGCAAUGGGGCUGGAGAAGGAGGCCCUGACCAAGGCCUGCGUCGACAUGGACCAGAAGGUGGUGGUGAACUUCUACCCCAAGUGCCCACAGCCCGACCUCACCCUCGGGCUCAAGCGUCACACUGACCCUGGCACCAUCACACUCCUCCUCCAGGACCAGGUUGGCGGACUCCAGGCCACUAAGGACGACGGCAAGACCUGGAUCACUGUCCAGCCCAUCGAGGGUGCCUUUGUUGUCAACCUCGGAGACCACGGUCACUUCCUCAGCAACGGGAGGUUCAAGAACGCGGACCACCAGGCAGUGGUGAACUCGGACUGCAGCAGGCUGUCAAUAGCGACAUUCCAGAACCCGGCCCCGGAUGCCAUAGUGUACCCGCUCAAGGUUCCAGAGGGAGAGAAGCCGGUGAUGGAGGAGCCGAUCACGUUCGCGGAGAUGUACCGGAGGAAGAUGAGCAAGGACCUCGAGGUCGCCCGGCUAAAGAAGCUCGCCAAGGAGCAGCAGCAGAUGAAGGAAAUGGAAUCCGCAGAACGACUCAAGUUGGAGACCAAGACCUUGAACGACAUACUUGCUUAGAAACUCUAAUUUGAAACGCCUACAUGUACACGUUUAAUAAUGUCUCCCUGAUCAUGAUAUUGUGUUUCUGCAUUAUAUACUGUUGAACGAGAUGCGAUUAUAUGAAGUGAAACUUUGUGUGGUUGAACGAAAA